UACCUACCAAAAUUUCUGUAUCAAUAGGCCCCAUCCCAGGUCAGAUUCCUAAUACCCGACGAACGGCCGAAGAGCAAACAGAACAAAACAUUUAUUUUUUUUCAGGCAAAUAAUCGAACACGUUGGUCUCGAAAAUAAUAAACCAAGAUUCUCUGCUCAGAGGGAGAAGCUAUGGCCACGGCAAUUAUGACCGCUCUCUCCUCCGCGUUUCUUCCGUCUCAACUCACCAAUUCUAGGCGCUGCUUCUUCAACGCCUACUAUACACAGCCAAUCAAACAGAGAAUCUUCGCGCCAAAAAUUCGCGCCUCAACUACCGCCUCCGUCGAAACCAAGCCAGCGGAUCCUGUUUUGGUUGAAAAAGAGGUCAGUACCAAUAAGAACAUUUUCGCUUGUCCCGUAUGCUGCGAGCCCUUGUCUUUGAUAGGUGAUCGCGUCUUGUCUGUAGAUUCUGCUGGGUCUAGUUUGCAGUGUGGCUGUUGUAAGAAAACUUACUAUGGCAAGGAAACACAUCUUGAAUUGACUGUGUCUGGUGGGUCCAGUAAAUAUGACGAUUCUAUGCCACUGGCUACUGAAAUGUUCAGGCUUCCACUGAUAUCAUUUCUCUAUGAGAGGGGUUGGCGUCAAAAUUUCAUAUGGGGAGGUUUCCCUGGCCCAAAGAAAGAGGGAUUUGUAUUGCAGUUUGAAUUGAUGAAGGGUUACCUGAAGCCAGUUUUAGGUGGAAAUAUUAUUGAUGCUAGUUGUGGUAGUGGAUUAUUUUCAAGACUGUUUGCCAAGAGUGGUUUGUUCUCUCUUGUUGUUGCCUUGGACUACUCAGAAAACAUGCUACAGCAGUGCUAUCAAUUCAUCACGCAGGAGGAGAACUUCCCCAAAGAGAAUCUAAUGCUGGUCAGAGCAGAUAUCUCUAGACUUCCUUUCCUUUCUGGCUCUGUUGAUGCUGUCCAUGCUGGUGCUGCUAUACACUGUUGGCCUUCACCAUCAGCAGCUGUAGCUGAGAUAAGUCGAGUUCUGAAACCUGAAGGUGUUUUCGUUGCUUCCACUUUCAUACUUGAUGGGCCCUUCAGUUUUUUCCCACUUAUGGGGCCUCUGCGCCAGAAUAUGACACAACUAGUGGGCAAUCAACUCUUUUUUCAUGAACGUGAACUGGAAGAUAUCUGCAGAGCCUGCGGGCUAGUUGGCUUUACAGCUAUAAGGAAUAGGCGAUUUGUGAUGUUUUCUGCUAGAAAACCCAGCUGAGUAUUCAAUUCCUUGUUGGUCCCCAGCUCUCAAAUUGCGUUGGUCUAGAGAGCCACAUGUACAUUUUAUGGCUGUUGCUAGUUUGUAUGUUCUGUAAAAUAUGUUGCCUUCGAUUUGUAUGAUGAAGGUAUAUCAUGCAACUACAAAACAUUUUAUGAGCUGCUGUGGAGAAGAGGGGAGAUUUUUUUCUAGACAACGUCUACAUAGAUCUAAGACAUUAAUAAAUGGAUUUUAUUUUAUUUUUA